AUGGGUGCAACAUAUCAAAUAUUUGGUAAACAAGUUCCAGCUUAUGUUGUAUGUAUAAAAUUAAAAUUCAAUUGAGAGUGUCAUAUUAACAAUGUUGAAGUUAUCACUCGCUACAUUAGGCUCAGUAGCUGCAGGUGUUGCAAUUCCUAAAAUAUUUGCUAAAGAAGAUCCAAAUGCCAAACAAAUUGCUGCUACUAAACCGGCUGCUCCAGUUACAAAUUCAAAAGAAGAUGAUUUUGAUUUAGAAAAAUUUAUCAAGUAUGUGUCAAGACAAAUUGAUUUCAAGUUCAUGUGAGAUACUAACUUAUUUAGCGACUUAACAAAAGAAGAAACCAAAUAG